UCCAGCAGGGGGCGGUAAAUGGACCAAUCAGCUGCUUUGUCUCAGUGUGACGUCCAGCGGAAGUAAAACUAAAGGCUCCAGCAGCAGCUUGUUUGGACUCAGCUGGAAGACGGUUGUGUUUUCGUAUCUCAGCUGAAUAUUUCAGUAGUUUCAGUAACAAUGUCUUCAGUUCAGCAUCUGAGAGAGUUUAUCAGAGAGCGACUAACUGCUGCUGCUGAAGAAAUCUUCUCAGAGGUUGAGAAAACCAUCGUCCGCUACGAGGAAGAGCACAAAAUAAUGGUUAUCAACUGGAAGCCACAAAUAAAGCUCAACAGAAUCGGUAUGGAGCUGCAGAGACCAGGUUCUGGAGACCUCCCACAGCUAUAUGUCUGUAAGGAUGUGGAAGAUCCUACCAAGAAGCUCCACAGCAGUCAUGAGGGGACCUCCAGUAUGGACCAGGAGGAACCAGAAGCUCCACAGGUUAAAGAGGAACAAGAGGAACCCUGCAGCAGUCAGGAUGGAGAGCAGCUGGUACUGAAGCAGGAACCUGUUCAAUGUCUAGAGACUCCCAGUCAUCAGGACAGGGAUUUCCCUGAAACAGAACCGAACACUUCAGAACUUGGUUCUCAUUACUCGUCGUUACAAUGUGAUGUUUGUGGAAAAGCCUUUAAGUCAAAAUAUAACUCCCAGAGGCAUCGCAGGGUGCACUUGGGCUUGAAGCCAUUUGUUUGUACAAUAUGUGGAAAAAGCUUUUCUCAGAAACAUCAUUUAAACGGCCACAUUCGCAUCCACACAGGUGAGUGGCCUUUUUAUUGUAAAACAUGUGGCAGAGGUUGUAGUGACAUUCGCUGUUUGAAUAUUCACAUGAAGACCCACUCAGGGGAGAAGCUGUUCACUUGUGAAAUAUGUGGGAAGGGAUUCACUCAGAUCCCUCAUUUGAAAACCCACCAGAGAACCCACACUGGAGAGAAACCAUAUGCCUGUCUAAUGUGUGGGAAAAAAUUCACUCACAAAAUUUCCCUUAAGGCUCACACAGCAUCACACACAGGUGAGAAACCUUUUUCUUGUUCAAUAUGUGGAAAUAAAUUCAACACAGCCAGUAGGUUGUAUGUUCAUAAAAAAACGCAUAUCGACCAGAAGCCAAAUCUGGUUAAAUGUUGAAGAUUGUAUCAGUUUUUUUAGGCAGGCAUGUCGUAGGUAGCCAGACUCCAAACUAAUGACAGCAUGAAGACAAACUUUGAUUUUGCUGUGAGGGAGACGUCGCCCCAAACCAUGUGGCGGUGUCAGAGUCAUUGGCAAGAAAUAUUAACCCAACAGAAAAUAAUCAACCAAACCAACUUUGUUUAAUGUUGGUAAAGAAUUUGGACAGAUGCUGUCGGCAGGUUUUUUUUUUUUUUUAGGUUUUACAUUUUUAUCUAUAUUUUAUUUAGUUCUUCACGUUUUCUCUGUUAUUGGCAACAAUUCUGGAUCCUAAAUGUUCUUACACAAAGAAAGGCUUGCACCAAAGAGAAACCUCAGCAAAAACACAUUUCUCUGGAGACUUCUAUUGGGUCUCUGCCUUCAGCUUGUUCCAUCAACUCAAAGACACUGCAUGGCAGGCAAUUUCCCCACAGUGGACCUUCUGCUUUUUGGAUAAUACACCCCAACUGAUCAACAUUUAACUGUCAAAUCAAUGUUUUGGCAGCAAAUACUGCAUCAAGAAGUAGAAAUACUACAACCAUUUUGUUUCUGCUAAUAUUAAAGAGUGGGUAUACAACUGAACCCUGGACUAAGAGAAAUAUUUAACCCAGACGUAAGAAAUAUUCUGAUAUGUUUCUCUGAACCACUGCUGGAAAUGAAACUGGAAAAUCUGGAUCAAAGAGAUAAACAGCAAUAUCCUAGCUGGCAUGAAGCUAGACCCAGGCACAAAUCUAUCCCAGUGUAACUGCUAUGGGAGGAGAAACAAUACAUGCUGAUAUAAAUAUCUGAUUAUCAAAACUCAGCUUCAAAAAAAGGAUUAAAACAUUUGUCUCAGAUUUAUAAGAAACUGAGAAGGAGCCAAAACCUACAUGAAUGCAAUGAUUCUUUCUCAGCUCUUUCAGUUUAGGAAGCUGGUCGCAGACAAAUAAGACGACUAUUAAACUACUGGAGUCACGUCACAAACAGACCCUCAGGGCCCUGGGUUAGGGUUAUUUUUAUUAUUUUUGGUUUUAUAUUUAGACUUUUAUCUGGUAAUGUAUAAUUUUAUGACUUCUAUAUGUGCUCUAUUGUUUUUUUGUGUAAUAUAUGUUUUUGUGUCGGGGAUUGCAGAUGGAAAUGAACUCUUGAGAGCUGAAAUCUGGUUCAAUAAACUCAAACUUUAUUUAGCA